UCUUUUUCUUGGUUUCAAAGGUACAAACUUUUUUUGUAUCUCCGGCGAAAUGACACCUCCGGGUUCAUUAUCCGGCAACCAAGAUGACGAAAACGACACGAGCAAGAAGAAAUCGGGAGGGAAGCAGCAGCAGAAUGUUCCAUUGUUGAAGCUGUUUUCGUUUGCCGAUUGUUACGAUUACGUGCUCAUGGCUCUGGGAUCACUCGGUGCAUGCGUGCAUGGCGCUUCGGUCCCAGUUUUCUUCAUCUUCUUCGAACUGAUCAACAUUAUAGGCAUGGCUUACCUCUUCCCCAAAGAAGCUUCUCAUAAAGUUGCAAAAUACUCGUUGGAUUUUGUAUAUCUCAGUGCGGCUAUUCUGUUCUCCUCAUGGAUAGAGGUGGCUUGCUGGAUGCACACCGGUGAGCGGCAAGCGGCGAAAAUGAGGAUGGCAUAUCUAAAGUCUAUGCUAAAUCAAGAUAUAACCUUAUUUGACACCGAAGCUUCAACCGGCGAAGUCAUAUCUGCAAUUACAAGUGACAUUAUUGUUGUUCAAGAUGCCCUUUCCGAGAAGGUUGGGAAUUUCAUGCAUUACAUAAGCAGAUUCAUAGCAGGUUUCAGUAUUGGCUUUGCUAGAGUAUGGCAAAUCAGCCUGGUAACACUCUCAAUCGUUCCAUUGAUAGCCCUUGCCGGUGGCAUUUAUGCAUAUGUUGCCACGGGCCUCAUUGCUAGAGUUCGGAACUCAUAUGUCAAAGCCGGUGAAAUUGCUGAAGAGGUGAUUGGUAAUGUGAGAACAGUCCAAGCAUUUGCAGGGGAAGAAAAGGCCGUGAAAUCAUACAAGGAAGCGUUGAUGAAUACGUACAAGUAUGGUAGAAGAGCUGGCUUAACCAAGGGUCUAGGGCUCGGCUCACUGCAUUGUGUGCUUUUUGUUUCUUGGGCAUUGCUCGUUUGGUUCACCAGUAUAGUUGUUCAUAAGAACAUUGCGAACGGUGGGGAUUCAUUUACUACCAUGCUUAAUGUUGUCAUCUCUGGCCUGUCGUUAGGACAGGCGGCGCCGGACAUCACUGCGUUUAUUCGAGCAAGGGCGGCUGCCUAUCCCAUAUUCGAGAUGAUCGAGAGGAAUACAGUUAGCAAAACCAGCUCCAAAACUGGUCGUAAACUAGGCAAAGUGGAGGGCCACAUUGAACUAAAGGAUGUAUCUUUCAGUUAUCCAUCUCGCCCCGAUGUAAGUAUCUUCAAUAGGUUCUGCCUCAACAUACCCGCUGGAAAGAUUGUGGCACUUGUAGGAGGAAGCGGGUCGGGGAAGAGCACGGUCAUAUCGUUGAUCGAAAGAUUUUAUGAGCCACUUGCUGGGGAAAUAUUGUUGGAUGGGAAUAAUAUCAAGAACCUUGACCUUAAAUGGCUUAGACAACAGAUCGGUUUGGUUAAUCAGGAGCCUGCUCUUUUCGCAACAACCAUUAGGGAAAACAUUCUGUAUGGAAAAGAUGAUGCUACUUUUGAGGAAAUAACACGUGCCGCAAAACUUUCCGAGGCCAUUACCUUUGUUAAUAAUCUCCCUGAUAGGUUUGAGACUCAGGUUGGUGAACGAGGAAUACAACUAUCAGGUGGACAGAAGCAAAGAAUUGCGAUAUCUCGGGCCAUAGUGAAGAAUCCAUCGAUUCUUUUGCUUGAUGAAGCAACAAGCGCCCUCGAUGCAGAAUCUGAGAAGAGUGUACAGGAGGCGCUUGAUCGUGUGAUGGUGGGACGAACGACAGUGGUGGUAGCUCACCGGCUUUCUACUAUUAGGAAUGCAGAUGUGAUUGCUGUUGUUCAAAGUGGGAAGAUUGUUGAAACUGGCACUCACGAUGAGCUUAUUUCGAAACCGAACAGUGCCUAUUCUUCACUCGUUCAGCUUCAAGAGACAUCACCUUUGCAACGCUACCCCUCACAAGGUCCUACUUUGAGUAGGCCACUCAGCUUGAGUUAUUCAAGAGAACUAUCCCGAACUAGGACUAGCUUUGGUGCAAGUUUUCGUUCUGAAAAGGACUCAAUUAGCCGUGCUGGUGCUGAUGCAAUUGAUGCAGGGAAGGCAACUUACGUUUCACCUGGAAGACUGUAUUCCAUGAUAGGACCUGACUGGUACUAUGGGGUCUUUGGUACCAUUACUGCAUUGAUUGCUGGAGCUCAGAUGCCUCUAUUUGCUCUUGGGGUUUCUCAAGCUCUUGUAGCCUAUUACAUGGACUGGGAGACAACGUGCCGUGAAGUCAAGAAAAUCGCCAUCCUGUUCUGUUGUGGUGCGGUUAUAACAGUCAUUGUUCAUGCAAUCGAGCACCUCUGUUUCGGUAUCAUGGGAGAGCGACUCACUCUUCGUGUGCGUGAAGUGAUGUUUUCUGCCAUUUUGAAGAACGAGAUCGGUUGGUUCGAUGACCUAAACAAUGCAAGUUCCAUGCUUGCAUCGCGCCUAGAAACAGAUGCAACUUUCUUAAGAGGUGUAGUCGUCGACCGGACAUCGAUUCUCAUUCAGAAUGUAGGCCUGGUGAUAGCAGCCUUCAUAAUUGCAUUCAUCUUAAACUGGAGAAUCACACUUGUUGUCUUGGCCACUUAUCCGUUGAUCAUAAGCGGUCACAUUAGCGAGAAACUCUUCAUGCAAGGCUAUGGUGGUAACUUGAGCAAAGCAUAUCUAAAAGCAAACAUGCUUGCCGGUGAGGCUGUCAGUAAUAUGCGUACCGUUGCUGCGUUCUGUGCCGAGGAAAAGAUCCUCGAUCUCUAUUCCCGUGAGCUCGUAGAGCCUUCGAAGCGUUCAUUUAAGCGUGGACAAAUUGCAGGGAUAUUCUAUGGCGUUUCGCAGUUCUUCAUCUUCUCAUCUUAUGGCCUUGCCUUAUGGUAUGGUUCUACUUUAAUGGGGAAGGAGCUAGCUACCUUCAAAUCGGUCAUGAAAUCGUUUAUGGUUUUGAUUGUAACGGCAUUAGCCAUGGGAGAAACUCUGGCACUGGUCCCAGACCUUCUGAAAGGGAACCAAAUGGUGGCAUCCGUGUUCGAGAUCAUGGACCGGAAGACGCAGGUUGUCGGGGAUGUCGGAGAAGAACUAAGUAGCGUGGAAGGCACCAUUGAGCUAAGGGGCGUUAACUUUAGCUAUCCAUCAAGACCAGACGUGGUCAUUUUCAAGGAAUUUGAUCUGAAAGUACGUUCAGGCAAGAGUAUGGCACUUGUGGGGCAAAGCGGCUCCGGUAAGAGCUCGGUUCUCGCUCUUAUACUUCGGUUCUACGAUCCAACAUCCGGGAACGUGAUGAUUGAUGGUAGAGACAUCAAGAAACUGAGGCUGAAAUCCCUUAGGAAACACAUUGGAUUAGUCCAACAAGAACCGGCUCUUUUCGCCACAUCGAUAUACGAAAACAUCCUAUACGGCAAAGAAGGAGCUUCGGAAUCCGAAGUAAUCGAAGCUGCCAAACUUGCUAAUGCACAUACUUUCAUAAGUUCCCUCCCUCAAGGCUACUCCACCAAAGUCGGUGAACGAGGGGUGCAACUCUCCGGCGGUCAGAAACAGAGAGUAGCCAUCGCUCGAGCCGUCCUCAAGAACCCUGAAAUCUUGCUGCUCGACGAAGCCACCAGCGCUCUCGACGUAGAGUCGGAGCGCGUGGUGCAGCAAGCUCUAGACCGGCUGAUGAGGAAUCGAACGACGGUGAUGGUGGCGCAUAGGCUGUCGACUAUUAAAAACGCGGAUCGGAUAUCAGUCAUACAAGGAGGACGGAUAAUCGAGCAAGGGACGCAUUCGAGCCUAGUCGAAAACAAAAACGGACCGUACUAUAAGUUGAUCAACCUUCAGCAGCAGCAGCUGGAACAAUAGUGUCAAUAAGAGAAUAACAAGAAGAAGAAACAGGUUACUCAGACAAUUUAUGCAGCUGCUUUGAUUAAUAUUUUACAUAUUUUUUUUGCUUCACUGAAUGUGAAUUUAUCUGAGCUUAAGCCAUUGUUUCCAUAUGAAGAAAAUAAUACUGAUUUAUAUUGAAGAAUACUCUAUCAACUGCCUUUUUUUUUACCA